AGGAUGUCGUGUCGAAAGGAUGUGAAGUUUUGUUAAAUUGAGUAUUUUAGUGAAAAUUUUUUGGAAAAGGCGUUGAUUUUUUUUACUGGCGAUUGGAGUGAUAUUUUUCGUUCUAAAAAGUGUUAUUUUCAGUUCGGUUGAACAAAUUAUCUUGAAGUGUUUGAAAGUGGUUGAAAUAAGAAAGGGUUCUUUUUUUUUGGCUUUUUUCAGACCAAAGCAUCCCAGACACGCCAAGAUGCAAUUUGUCAAAUUCCAACAUGGAUGCACAUUUCGUCCCGAUUAAUUUUGCUUUUACAUUUAUUUUCAGAAACUUGGAAUGAAACUGUUUUUCGAUAUUAACACAAAGUCCAGAUGCAAGCAAUUAAUAAUAUUUUUUCCAGCUUAUGUGACCAGAAUUUUUCAAAUACUGACCGAACUUUUUUCUCACACCAAAACAGAAGAAUCCACCCUUAAACUAUCGAUUCACCCCCUGUUCGGAGGCGGUGCCUGCCGGUGGCCUGGUUGUGAACGGGUUUUCGACGAAUUCAACGACUUCUACCAGCACCUACAGUCGGACCAUAUCAACGGGGACUAUUCGGCCGCCCAGGCUCGCAUCCAGAUGGAAGUGGUUUGCCAGUUGCACCUGCAGUUGCAGAAGGAGCGCGACCGGCUGCAGGCAAUGAUUUUGCAUCUGAACAAAAAGAACGAAAUGGCUCGCAUUCCGAUGGCCGGUGCCAGUCCAUUUAUUCCGCAGAUUCCACCACCCCCACCACCGUACGAAUUGAUCGCAGGGUUGCGUUUUCCACCACCCGUCACCAUCGCAGCAGGCGACGCUGGGAUGGCCGAAGUGGCUGCGCUGCAACUUACUGGUAAGCAACAGCAGGCGUUGCAUCACCAUCAGCAGCAGCAACAUCAACAUCAGCAGCAGCAGCAGGCGAGUCGAUCGAAGGGAUCCGGAGUACGAGCGAAAUAUUUCGGAUCGCAGGAGGCGGCGGCGGAGGCCGGUGCUUUCAAGGAGAUGAACUAUCCCGAUGUUCAAGACGGUGAGUUUGAGGCAAUGUGCCGAGCAGACAUUAAAACGAGCUUCACCUCAGCGGUCGCUUCUUUUUUCUCUUCGACAGAUGUUCACAAGAAUCGGGAGUUUUACCGUAGCCACGACGUUCGGCCACCAUUCACGUAUGCAUCUCUGAUUAGACAAUCAAUAAUUGAAUCGCCGGAGAAGCAACUGACGCUGAAUGAAAUUUACAACUGGUUUCAGAACACUUUUUGCUAUUUCCGAAGAAACGCAGCGACUUGGAAGAACGCCGUCCGUCACAACCUGUCGCUACACAAGUGCUUCAUGCGGGUCGAGAACAUCAAGGGCGCCGUCUGGACCGUAAACGAGGCAGAGUUUUGCAAGCGUCGGCCCCAGAAGCUCGGAAUAAUGCAGUUUAAAUUUCAGAAUGCCCCCGGGCCUGGUCUAUUGACGACGGGCAGUGGCGGCGGAGGUGGAAGCGGCAGCAAGAAGAAAUCGGUCACCACGGCCCAAUCGCUGCCACCACCAUCAUCGACAAUGGGGCUGAAGCCACCGCCGGCCAGUUUCUACUACCAACGGUUCGUACCAGAUUCCGCGCCUUGGGGGGACUCUCCUGAGUGAGAACCCACACUAGGAAUGCUGUGUCUCUUCUCUUCCGUCUAAUUUUGCAUUAUUUUUGGAGCUCGUUUUGUGAACUACCUUUCGGAAUCCCGGUUUCCGGUUUCGUACGGAAAGGUGGGAUUCCGGGUUUUUCAUUCUAGAUUUUCUCUAUUGAAAUUCGUUUCCAUUUACCCAUUUUUAACAUUUUAUCAGAUGAUAGUCGCUUUCCAUUCUUGAUUUUCGCUUUAAAUUUAUGGAUGAAAAUCAAGAAUAACAACGCUGAAAAUGAGUUCAAAUCAGUGAAUUGUUUUUUUUUGCGCUAAAACCAAAAUUUUCUAAGAUUCGAAGUAAAUAAAUUCAAAAUAAAAAGCAAGAAAAAAACAUUUUGCACUGCUUUUUAGUCGAGCACUGGUUGCUUUGAUCAUGGCAAUCUGAAUGAAGUACCAAUCAACGGAUCAAAGCAGUCAGUGAUUCGAACUUUUUGAUUACGUUAUAAAACAGGGUUUGAAAAUUUUCCAUCAUUAAACUAUUUUCUAAACCCAAAUAUAACGCAAUCAAUUAUUUCAGUCUCAGCGAAAGCGACUAUCUAACCUGGAUGAAAUUUUUGAAAACGUGAUUGGCAAACCACUCAAAUAAUCUUGAAAAAUUUUCCACAAAUUUCAUUCAGUAACAUCCAAUAGUAGGUAUUUCAAAUCGUCCGAUGAAUUUAGCUAAACAAGAAUGAUGAAUUUUUUCCCUAAACAACUUAUAAAUCCAAAGCAUUUUACUGACGGGGACCAUAAGGAAAUCCGAUUCUUAAAAUGCUUUUUCCUAACAGGUUUUUAAAUACCAAUCGAAGCUCACACAAACCACCACCAACGACGAUUCAGCGGUCGAUCCGCGGAUGGUUUGUGUCUUCGAUUUCAAUUAUCUUUCUUCAUUCUCUGUAUUUUAACUUUUUUUCUCCACAUCAUAAAUACAACUCUAGCAGCAUAGCUUUGCAUCACGUCGUUCCACAGAAAAACAGGCUAACCUUUGACACGCGGUUGCGGCCAUGCUGGACGGCGUCGAGUGCAAAGCUUGCUGCGAUCCGAAAGGAAAACCGAGAACGUACCGAGACGCAACUGACGCGACGCAACACAAAUCAGGUGUGUGUAUGACAUGCGGAGUUUGUGUGUUGCGCGCGCGAAGGCUGUCACACGCUCGGGUUUCUCGUCAUUGCAAAGAGUUCCGUCCGGAAAAUAUGAAUUUAAAAGUCAAAGAUGAUUUUUUUUGUAACGAAUUCAAGUUUAUGUUUCAAAUGUUGCCAGAAUACGAAAUUGUUUCGGUAAUAGAGAUUUAUUUAAUUUUUUUUAUUAUGACGUGAAGUCUACAUGACUUAGUUUAACGUUUUAACAUUAGACUAAUAAAUUAAAUAGCAGAAAUUGAAGGCAGAAACGAAAAGCAUAUGGGACAAUUAUGCGUAAAGCGACAGUAUAAUCGAAACAAAUACAAAAUUUGCAAUGGGAUUUAGAAAUAUUCAAAUGUUGCUUUUUAUUAAACUCUUUAUAUGAAUUUAGAGUUAAAAUUGGACUUGAAAUUUAAAGUGCAAAAGUCAUACGAAAAGUCUCCAGUGCUAUAUUUAAAAAAACCGGAGUGUAGAAGGCGACUUGAGGCUGGAUAUAUGAAACUUCCGAAAUCAAACUUUUUUUUUAUUGCUAAAUGUCUUAGAAUUACAUAAAAACGUCGAGAUUUUGUGUUAUCUCGAAAAAAUUUUGACAUUUCUGAAAUCGAAAUUAGUUUUUGAUACGGAAUGUCUUAGAAUUGCAUGAAUUUUUUUCGAGAUAACACUCAAUCUCGACGUUUCAUGCAAUUUUGAGACAUUUGACAUCAAAAAAAGAUUUCCGAAAUGUUAAAAUGCAAGCCAAGUCGAGAUUUUCCAAAAAAAAAUGUUUUCUUCGAGAUAACACCAGAUAUCUCGACGUUUCAGUCAAUUCUAAAAUAUUUAGAAUAAAAAAAAUUGAUUUCAGAAAUCCCAAAAUUUCUCUAACUCGCAAAGAGUCAAUUUUUCUGCAAAGCAAGUUUUUUUUAAAGAUGAUCUCGAUGUUUCAGGCAAUUUUGAAACAGUUGGCAUUGAAAAAUAAUUUUUGAUUUCGGAAGUCUUAAAAGUCCCGAUAAAAAAUCUAAGACAUUGGAUUCAAUUUUUUUUUCGAUUUCGUAAAUUUAAUGUCAAAAUAUUUUGAGAUUUUUUGUCAUCCUUCAGGGCUAUUUUUUUUUCGAUGAUUUUUUCGUAAAAUGUGAGAGCUGGAUAUCUUGGUAAUAUGAUGUCUUUACUUUUAGUUAGGUUACGUGCACACUCCAAACUUUUACAAGAAAAUCCAAUGAUUUUUCGUCUCGGUAGCCGGCUGCCCUAAAACAAACAUUUGAAUAUAUUGAUUUUGUUUUCCGGAAUCUAAUCAUCAAAUUCGUCGAUAGGAAAAUUCUCAACUUGUAAUGAUUUUCAAUGAGUAUCAAUCAAUCGGAAGUCGCAAUCUUGAAUUUCAGAACCACCUCAAACGUCGUUCUCCAGCAUAUACUUAUCAAAUCUGUUACGAAAAUAACCAUAUGAUCGGGUUUUCCACUAAAUAAAACUAUUUUUUACAGAGUAAAUCCAAAAUAGCGUAAAUUAACGAACUAACCCGUUUUACGAAACCCCAAUUUUAGUUCGUAAAUGGAGGUUUGGGUGUAUUGAAAUUAUGUUGAAAGAGUCUGCAUAGUUUUCCGAAAUUUACUGAAUGAUUUAAUGAAUUCUAAUGAAGACCAUUUCGAUAGACGAGCAAUUUCACCAAAGAGUAUUUUGCCGAAAAAAAUCAAUUUGCCGAAAAAAAUCAAUUUUCUAAAUAAAACAGUUCGUCCAAGUAGGCCUUUUGCCGAACACGAGCCUAUUCUUCAAAAUAGGCAGUUUUCCGAUUGAACAAUUUAAUCGAAAUCCAUUUCGCUGAACAAGCAAACUUGUCGAAAUAGUCAAUUCCCCGAAUACGACGUUUCGUUCAAGAUUAUUUCGCCGAAUGAGCCAAUUCUUAGAAAUAGACAUAUAACCAAAUGUGAAAUUUCCCCGGAAAACAUGCUGCUGGAUACGCUGAGUGAGUGUUUUCAUGCUGCUCUCAGUGAUUUUUUUUUCGGUGAUCAUUUUUCCAGAAGAGUCAAAAUCAUCACCUCGAGCCUGUAUUUGGUUCGAAUCGAACUAUUUCGAACGAAUAUUUUGCGUUCUGUAUCUCCAAGGCAUUUGAAUUUGCCAUAUAAAAGCAUCACUCAAUCGAAUUACAGAAUGCAAAGUUUUACGUUCGAUGGAAAUAUUCCUAUUUGUAGAAAGAGUGAACUCUCGAUGAAACUCGAUUAUCGGAAUAGUUUAAGAUUUUCAAAAAAAAUUUACAGUAAAUUAAUCUACAUUUCUGGUUAUGCUUGAAUGUUCAUCAACUACUUUUCUGGUUGAAAAGAAUACUCAUCUUUCAGAACGUAAUCCUGUCUCUCGGUCGGAUUUUGACCGAAACCGCGCUACACGAAUAAACCUAGACAGAUGUGAGGGCCCGCGUUACUUGGUCGUUUUACGGUCGUCCAGUUCGCGAUCUUUAGACCGGCUAGAGAACAAGAGAAACAUUUUCCUUUCUGAUGAGAAAUAUUUUGUCAAUGUCGAAUUGACUUGCAUGAUAACCCUGACCCUUUCGGCGAAAUUACAUUCGGUGAAUGUUGAAUAUCUGAAAAAGUUUAUCUUUCACAUUGUUAAAUCAUAAAUCUAUUGUCAUGAAGCAGGCGCGUAUACAGAAGAGAGGGUUAUUUAAUUAUUAGGUAAGACCAGGGUUAGACCAGACACAGAGUUAAACCGGACAGCCUCAAUAUCCUAUAAACCUGCAACUAUUGCGAUCCAUGGAUUGACUUUAUAAAUGCGCUUUCAUGUGAAGAGACAGACGUCAAUUAGCUGGAGGUUUCAGUGUCUCGAAAAGUUGAAAUUAAAGUAUCUCGAGAUUUGACACCCCAUUGUAUUCGUUCUUAAUUUUUGUGUGUAGUUUUAUAGUCUGGUUUUGCCUCAUAAGGAGUUCGGUUUAGCCCCACGAUUGGAUUUUAAGUUGCCAUAAAUAUUCGUAACGGUAGAGAUAAUUUAGAAGGUUAGAAACCUAGUUGUAAUGUAUGUUUUUUCCUAUUUCUAAAAAGCGUCCGGUUUAGCCCCGGUCUCCCCUAUAUUACGGAAUCUCUUUUCUUAAGCUAUUUAAGCCAAUUAUAAAAUGGAUAAUUUCCAACGAACGAACCUACUCUUUAUAACAACAAGUUUUUUGAGUUAUCAUAUACAUGAAGGUCUUUAUUUACACCAAUUUCCGAAAUUACGCGGCCUUUUAGGCGUAUUUCCGUAUACUGAAUGAUCAAUUUUGGGGACGGGUAUAGCGUGAUGGGUAAGUCGAUGCCUUUCACGCAGCCCGCCUGGGUUCGAUUCCCAACCCCGCACAUAGGGUCAGAAAGUUUUUCUGGCCCGAAGAGGUGAAUGACAUUAAUGUUAAAGCCUCUAUAAUUGAAACAAAAAAAAAUGAUCAAUUUUAUUCGUAUUGGCGUCAUCUGGUUAGGCCUUUGACAUUACCCACCCGCCUUUUUUCCAGGAAAUUUUUCUUGGAGAUUUCAAGGAGUAUUCUACUGCAAGAUCAAGCGUGAAAAACGUGUAUACUGAGUUUUUUUUAAUAUCCAAAAUCGAAAACUGUUUCCUAUGCAAAGUGUCUUAGAAAUGCAUGAAACGUCGAGAUCUGGUGUUAUUACGGUUUUUUUUUGUAGAUUACACCAGAUCUCUACCGUUUAAUUCUAAGACAUUUUGAAUAAAAAGUUUUUCGAUUUUGAAAAUCUUUUGUAUAAAAAAAAAACUCAGUGUACUCGUUUUUCACGCUUGAUCUAUUCUAUUCUACUCUUAAAAAUCUCCAAGAAAAAUUCCCUGAAAAAAAAACGGGUGAGUAAUAUCAGAGACAUAACCGGAUGACGCAAAUACGAAUAAAAUUGAUCAUUCGCUUUCUUUGAUGUUAAAGAAUAUGAGUUAUGAAAUUCUGGAAUCGAAUUUAGAACCGAACACUAGAACUGAAUCUUAGUACUGACCUUUGAUCCACAGCUGCAUUUUAGUUACAUAAUUCCGGUUCUGGAUUUAACUUUCAAAUUCAGAUUCAGUUUCCAGAACUCAGCUCAGAAAUUCAGUUCCAGAGUUCAGAUCUGGAAUUUAGUUUAAAAAGCUUUAGAAUCUAGUUCCUAAAUUUAAUUACACUUCUGGAAUUGUGGAAAUGAAUUUUGGAACCAUAUUCCAGGCCUGAAUUCUGGUCUAGAAUUCUCAACAUGGACUCGGGAAUGCAGUUUAGAACUGAAUUCUAGAAAUACAACUCAUUUUUGGAUCUGUCGGUCUAAAAAAAAAUCCCAGAACAUCAGUUUCAGGACUCUGGAACUGAAUUCCGAAACUGUUUUCUAAAUCUGAAUUCCGGACAGGAAUUUUUGAGCUGAAAUCUGGUCUGAGCCUCAAUUUAAGUUCCAAAAUUUAGUUUCAAAAUUGAAAUCCAAGUCCAGAAUUCAUUUCCGAAAUUUAGUUCCAAAGUUCUAGGUUCUAGAAUCUAGAUUCUGAUUUCAGAUCCAUAUUUUAGUUCCAAAAUCCUGGCUUAGAAUCAAGUUCUGAAAAUCGGUUUCAGCUUCAGAAUCUUGGUACUCGAUUCAGGACUUGGAUUCUGGACGAGGAACUGAAUUUUAGAUCCGGAUUCUGGAAACGAAAAAUAGCACUUGGAUUCUAAAACUGAGUUUCAGAACUAAAGUCUAGAAUUGAAUUCUGGUCUGAAAUGAACAAGUCAACUACGAAUAAAGGAAGCAGCAAAUUUUUACCCUAUUCACUUAUCAAGCAUAUCAGAAAACGUUAAUUUCAAGUUAUUAUCUUAUCUCAUACUACUGAAAAUUCUAAAACAAAUUGCUGAUCAUAUCUCCGAUGACAUGGAGAAAAAAUUAUGUUGAUACGUUAAACAAACCAAAAGAUUUUCACUAUCAAAAACUUAUCACUCUCCAAGUAGUUAAACAAUAAAUCUUUUUAAACACUGGCAUUCACUCCGAUUGUGUAUUUCGUUCGAAUUGGAUUAUUUCGAUCGAAUACGAAAUUUUGCAUUCUAUAUCUCGAUCGACCAAAUUACAGAAUGCAAAUUGUUACCAUCGAUCGCAAUAUUCCGAUUCGAUCCAAGUGCGGAAUUGAGUAUUACCUAUGUAUAAAUAGUUCGCGGUCGCGAAUUGUGACCAGAAUACGUAUCUAUUGGAGUUUUAAGGAAGUUUACAGCGACAGAAUUCGAAUAGAUUUUACCCCGGUAACCAAUAAAAGCACAUACGAAUGCCGCAUUAUGGCAGCUAAUUGGCAUUUUAAUCGCACUUGAGACUGAAUUAAGGCCGACUUUGGCAAAAUAUACGGCUAUUCAUAGAUAAUGCUUAUUUAUGGCUGGUGUGCAUUCUGAAAGUUGAAUUCUGACUGAUUUACAACAGGUGAGCUUUCAGAAUGCAGAUAUAGAGCUAUAAGCAUUUUUGGUGCUCAUAAAAGGCUAUCUAAAUGCCAUUAUUAGUGCUUACUGGUUACCAGGGAAGUGAGAUAGAAUAGAGAAAAAAAAAUCCUAGCGAAUAGUAUUACUACAAAGUGUUAUGAAGUUCGGUUCUCGAACGACUUCCAAAAAAUGCGGAUCCAAUGCAAUUCGCCUCUAAACGCUUUCCGACAUAUUUUCUUUGUUUCCAUCAAAUUCCGUAUGUGAGUUAAAACAAGUUGACACUAUCAAUUUUCCAUCUGUUUCAACCGGCACGAUAGUCAUACAAGGUACCUCGCAAACAAAACAUU